CAAAAUGCAAAUAAAAAAUGUUACCCUCGUCGGGGCUAGCGGCCACCUCGGCGGCGCCGUCCUGGCUGCCCUAGUCGGCGCCGGCUGCUUCCGCAUCACCGUCCUCAAGCGCGAGGGCUCGACCUCGUCGUCCUCGCCGCCGUCCAGCACCGACCCCUCCGCCUUCCGCACCGUCACGGUCCCCGACGCCUGGGCCGAGGCAGACCUGACGGCGGCGCUGCGCGGCGAGGACGCCGUGGUGGCGUGCUUCUCGGUCAAGGGCGACCCGCCGCGCGCCCACCUGGCCCUCGCGUCCGCCGCCGCCGCCGCCGGCGUGGCGCGCUACAUGCCCGCCGACUGGGGCAGCGUCGACGCCCGCAGCGAGCAGGCGCGCGAGCUGGUGCCGCUCUUUUCGCGCAAGGAGGCGGUGCGCGUCCUGCUUGCAGAACUCGCGGCAAAACAGCCGUCCUUCACGUGGACCAGCAUCGUGUGCGGCCACUUCUUCGACUGGGGGCUGAGGGAGGGGUUCCUGCACGCGGACCUGGCGGCCCGAACCAUGGACGUGCUGGACGACGGCGAGAGGCGCAGCUCGCUGUCCACGCUGGCGCAGGUGGCGCGCGCCGUCGUCGCGGUGCUGCGCGAGCCCGACGCCGCGUCCAACCGCGUGCUGUUUGUGCAGAGCUUCUGCAUCAGUCAGAACCGCCUGCUGGAGUCGCUCGAGAGGGCGUCGGGCGCGCCGUGGACCCGCGUGGAGACGACGUCGGCCGAGUUUGUGGCAAAGUACGUGGCGCUCCGCGACGCCGGCAGCGUGGCCGCCAUCGAGGACCUCGUCUUCGCCCUCGGCGUCAUCGAGGGCGACUGGGAGCAGAAGGGAGAUUUCGCCAUGAAGCUGCUCGGGUUGGAGGAGGAGGAUCUCGACAGCGUCGUGAAAAAGGUUGUCGACGAGGCGGAGCAGGAGAGGGCCGCCAAAUAAGAUGGCGCUCCCGCUUGUGCCGGUCAAGUGAGAAUACAUGUGACUUGAUUAACUUGACAUCUUUGCGUGAUACACAAGCCCUCUCAUGGGCCCCCCAAAUAAACCAUGACUUUAGGCAAAGAGACCUGACUGCCACUCCCCCGCUCCCAAAAGCCGCACGAAAAUGGGCACAACUCUGAAUGGACCCCCGGUUGUGCUGGU